UGUCUUGGUAUUCUGUGGUCUUCGUUUGAUUUCAUAUCCAAAAUCCAGCAUUAACUUGAGAAGUUUAAAGUUUAAAAAAUAAGUACGUUAAUUAAUUUGCCAUAUCAAUUAUUUCCGUUUUUAUUUUGGAAAACAUUAUUAAAAAAUGUCAGAUCCCACUAAAGAAACCGAGACUGAUAGACGAUGCAGCGAAUCUUCUGACUCUGAAUAUGAUCCUCAGUACAAGCCAAUCAUUAGUUUACCAGAGGUUGUGGUAUUGACAAACGAAGAAAAUGAAGUUGAACUUUUGAAAGUGAGAGCUAAAUUGUACAGGUGGGAUGCCCAUGGUGAUCCUGCAGAAUGGAAGGAACGUGGUACAGGAGAAUUGAAGAUACUUCGUCACACUGGUAAUAAUAAUGUACGAGUUGUUAUGCGAAGAGAUAAAACCCUUAAAGUAUGUGCCAACCAUUUCAUUGUACCUUGGUUGGAGUUGAGCCCAAAAUCUGGUACUGACAAAGCUUUCGUUUAUAGUGUCAUUGCUGAUUUUGCAGAUGAACAAGCUAAAAGUGAAACGUUUGCUGUGAAAUUUGGAAAUGUAGAAAAUGCGAAUUUGUUCAAAUCGAAAUUUGAAGAGGCAAAGGAGAUUGUUAAAACCAAAUGUAGUCUUUAUAAUGGAGAAGAUGAUAAGGAGCAAAGUGGAGAUGAAAGUGAGGAGACCAGUGAUGAAGAAGAUGAAAAAAAAGAUGAUACUAUAGAAGUGCAGAAGAAACUUUCAGAGCUAGAAGUCACUAAGAAAGAGGAAAAGUCUGAGGAAUAGCACAUGUCUUAAGAGUUUUUUACAUAUUGUUGCAGUUUCUUAAAAUUCUCAAGAUAAUUUCUUUAUACAAUUUUACCUUUAUGAAAGUGGGAUAUAAAAUAUCGCAUGUUUUCUUGACAUUCCAAUUGUAAUUUGGCUAAAAAAUGUAAUAUUUUUAUAUUGAAUGCUAUCAGUUUAUUGAUUAUAAAACUUUUUUUCGUAGAUUUAAUGAAUUAAGGAAUGAAGAAACAAUAAAAGUUAUGUACUUGAA